AUGUUGAAGACGAAUGUGGUGCGCCCAAACAGACCGCCCGGGGCCGUCCGCCUGGGGCCCCCGGGCCCCAGCCGCGAGAAACGGCGGACGGCGCCGCAGCCCCAGCAGGCGUUGCUAGGCAACCCGCGGCUCCCGGCAAACCCGCAGCGCCCAGAGAUGACGCCACCAGCCCGCGUCCGCACCUGGACCUGCCCCUCGCGGCCGCCGCAUGCCAUUGGGCGGCGGGCAGACGGAGGCGGGCCUCGGCCAAUGGGCGACGCCGCUCCGGAGGGCGGGACCGUGUUACCAGGGCCGUGCGCCUGCCGGAAGCCCGCGUCGGAGGCCACGCGCAGGAUGGCAAAACAGAAGAGAAAAGUUACUGAAAUGACAGAGAAAAAGAACAAAAAAUUGAAGAAGGCAUCCACAAAAGAGAUCCAGCUGGCACCUCGAGCCGUGUCGGGCACCAAGCCAGCGCACCCCGAGGGAGAAGCAGUGUUGGGGGCCAGGCAGGAGACGGCCCCCCAGCUGCCCGUGCUGACCCCGGAAGAGAAGAGGGUCCUGGAGAGGAAGCUGAAGAAGGAGCGGAGGAAAGAGGAGAGGAAGCGGCUGCGGGAGUCAGGAGCAGCCCAGAGCCUGCCGGCCAAGCGCUCCGGGGCCCAGCUGGCCCUGGACUACCUCCGUGGGCUGCUGGGCCGGGAGCCCUGCCUGGAGCCUGGGGCCCACGCUGUGAAUGCCCCAUUUCUCCACCGCUCAGUGUCCACACUCCCCACGCCACCCCGCGGGGCCCUGACACCCUUGUCCUCUUCCCCCGCCCAGGUUCCCCAUGAGCUCUUCUCCACCCUGCUGGCCUACCUGGAGGGGCUCAGGGGCCACGCCCGGGAGCUGACGGUGCAGAAGGCGGAAGCCCUGAUGCGGGAGGUGGACGAGGCCAGCGGUGCGGACCCCCUCCCACCGGGGAAGACCCAGCGCAUCCGGCAGGUGCUGCAGCUUCUCUCCUAGGGGCCCAGCGGGCCGCUGCUGCCGCCCAGGACUCAGCUGACCGCCGCCUUCCAGCGGCGGGGCCCCAACGAGGGGCAGGCAGGGCUACCAGCAGGUCAGCGGCCAGUGGGCCUGUGGUGCCUGACCCUUGGAAGGACUGACUGUGGCCAGACUGUUCAUAGAUGGUGACGUGUCUUCGUCCCUUCACAGCAGAAAGUGGCCACUCUGACGUACCCUCCUGGCCUCCCAGUGGCCCUCAAGCCCCCGGGGAGCUUGCUUAUUGAGAGAAAGGUCUAUUUUUCUACGGGGAAUGUCGUAGAGAUUGACCAGAGCCAGCCCUCCCCUCCAGCUGUGGUCCGUCCUCGAUGGGGGGUGAGGGGAGCCCCUCUGGAGCCGGCCACCCACAUCUGGGUCACCUGCCUGCGUUCCCUGGUGGGUCCAGGCCGUGGCUCGCCCAUCCCUCACCUCCCUCCUGGGGCCUCCUGGGGCCUCACUGACCAGUCCUGGGGAACACCUGGCUGCAUUUUCAAUAAAACCAGCCCGUGUCGGCCGUGGCCCUUUUUC